AGGAUAUUGUUUUCUCUGUGCCGCGACAGGACAAUGGAGAGAAAAGAAUACUCUCUCUGGGUUCUGCCUUCUUUUCCUCUUCUGUAUUCCGGCUUCUCUCGUAUGUCGGCCAGCGUUCGUGUCUCCUCUCUGUCCCUGGAAAACUCAGUCUCUGCAGCACGCGUUUCACUGGCAAGUCUCCAGAUGGUACCAUACGUGAAAACGAAAAACUCGACAUGCGGUUUGACGCUUCGUUUCUUUCAGUAGGUCGCUUGUCUCCUUGCGCAAUCCAGAUCCCCUUAUCUUCCUGUCCUCUCCCCUCUUUUUCCCCUCUCCCUUCUUUCUCUCGUCGCCUCGUUAGUCGCUUGGUUCUCUGCUUCCUUUCUGCUGUCAGCCGGAUCACACGCUCUGUCUCUCCGUUUAGCGUCUCUCGUUGCUUCGUGUUCUUUCUGCGAAUUGCAUUUUUUCCUGGAACUUUCUUCUUUCGCACCUCGUUCUUGUCUCGCAUCGUCUUCUCUGCGAAAUGCAAUCUCUCUUCGAGGAAGACUCGUUCGCAGCUUCGUGUCUUCUUCUGAGGCAGCAGCUCGCCCGCGCGACUUGCAACGAAGGAGGCUCCUUUGACAGAUUUUUCCAGCUGCUCUGCGACGCCGUUCCCCUUGCCGGCGGGCAAACCGACGAUGCCGAUGAAAUUGUCAAAAUUACGCUCAACGACUCGCGAGAACUUCGCGGCAGCCUCCUGGCUCUCGAUGCUAGAGGAAAUAUCCUUCUCCAGAACUGUCGAAUGAGGACCUGCGUGCGGUACCGAGACGAGAAGGGGAGGAGCAACGAAGAGUGGCGAGAGUGUGCAGUUCCCGUUCCUCUGGUCUGUCCGCUCUCACGAGUCACAAGCUUCAAGGUCCGACUGGACUCUCUGUUCUCCAUAUCCGCAACCAUGCAAAAUGAGGACCUGAUAGAGACGGACAACUCGGGCAGGAGCUGA